GUCGUCGUGCAGACCAUCUUCGCGUCCCUGCCGGACCUCUUCACCCUGGUGAUCGUGGCCUGCCUUUUCCUUCUCAUCUUCGCGCUGUUCGCCACGUCUCUCCUGCGCGGAAGGCUGUACGGCUGCACGCUCGGGGCCGACGAGGUCGCGCUGUCGAAGGCCAUCGGCGGCGCCUUCGUCACGCCCCUGUGCCUCGGGUCCCUCGCCACCGAGGCGGG